GCCAUGAGUGAAAGAUGUCAAACGAAGCUUUCAGAGAAAUUUGAUAAUAAAAAUUAUAUUAUUUAUUUCGGUAUUCUAUGUACGUCGAUUGCAGUUUUAUAUUUUUACAGGUUUCACUUUGCCACAAUAGCAUUUAGCUAUGUGUUGGGAUGUCUGGCUUGUUAUUACGGGCUCAAUUCGAGUAUUUUACAAGAAUAUAUUGAAAAGUUAAAGUGCCAUUUCGUCGGUGAGACGAGCAAGGAUGAAGCGAAAGCGCCUGUCAAAGGUUGCGAGACGUGUGGGUCGAAAGACUGUGAAAGACAUGACUCCAGCGUGGGCACAGACCCAUGGGUGGGGCUACAAAUACACAAACAGUUGGAUCAAGCUAUAGAGGAU